AUAUCUCGCCAGUAUUAUAUCUCACGUUAUAUCUCGCCGUUAUAUCUCAGCAGGAUCAUCUACUUACCUCUCUCUCUCUCUCUCUUUCUCCCCCGCAGUUUCCUCGACCGCGUACACAUAGUGCGGCAGAACGACUACACCCCGACGGAACAGGAUAUUCUCCGGUGUCGAGUCCUCACCUUAGGCAUUUUUGAGACAAGAUUUCAAGUAGAUAAAGUUAAUUUCCAUAUGUUCGACGUGGGCGGUCAACGCGACGAGAGGCGGAAGUGGAUCCAGUGUUUCAAUGACGUCACGGCCAUCAUCUUCGUCACCGCUUGCUCCUCUUAUAACAUGGUCCUCCGGGAAGACCCCAGUCAAAACCGGCUGCGGGAGUCGUUAGAUCUCUUCAAAAGUAUAUGGAACAACAGGUGGCUACGCACAAUCAGCAUCAUCCUGUUUCUAAACAAGCAAGACCUCCUGGCAGAGAAGAUCCGGGCUGGGAGGAGCAGGUUAGAAGAUUCUUUCCCUGACUUUGCUCGGUAUCAGACCCCACUCGAUGCUACCGUGGAACCAGGAGAAGAUCCAGAGGUGGUGCGCGCAAAGUACUUCAUCAGGGAUGAAUUUCUAAGGAUAAGCACGGCAAGUGGUGACGGCAAGCAUUAUUGCUACCCUCACUUCACAUGCGCCGUGGACACGGAAAACAUCCGCCGAGUGUUCAAUGACUGCAGGGACAUAAUACAAAGGAUGCACCUCAGACAAUAUGAACUUUUGUGAUGGCCAGUAGGUGUGGGUACUGCGGGCGGCAACAGUAUAGCUCCGUGCGAGCGAGCGAGGCAGGCAGGCUGGGUGGAAUGGGGCGGGGGAUCCGGGAGGACAGAGUGACCCUCCCCGUCUAGUCUCCUCAGAGGAUGGUUCUCGCUCCCUCAGGACUUCCUCCCCCCCUCUUCGCCCGCAAAAAAAAAAAAAAAAAAAAAAAAAAAAAAGCUUUCCCCUGCGCCUCAAGCGUGGCACAACAUCAACUUUCCUCAACCCAGUUUUUGGUUUAGGUCCUCGUUUUGUUUUCUUACAAAAAAUAAAAUAAAAAAAGAUAUGAACGCUACAAUGUGAUUGUAGAUAUAGAUCAAUGGUAUCCCCCUCCCCUGUCCCCUCCCCCCUUGCCCCAACACCCUUACCCCCUUUCCUUUUUUUCCCCUUUGUCCCUCCUCCCUCACCCCAUUCCCCUCACCCCAUUCCCCUCACCCCCCCAAAUAUUGGAAGAUCUCUAUAUAUUCAUGAAAUAAAUCUUCUCUUGCUCUGUCUCUCCUGGGUGUGUGCCGUGGCUGCCCCAAGCCACUGCUCCACGAGACUCUCUCUCUUGUGAUGCAAAUUCAAGCUCAAAAUCCUUCUCAACUUCUUAACCACGGAGUACUGACUGCUUCACAGUACUCCGUGGUCAAGUUUCUCCCACUCUCACUUCCCCCCCUCUUUUCUCUCGGAAACGUUACGGCCUCUCCUCUGAGCGAUUAGCGGAUUAAAUCUCCUUUCCCCCCCCAACCCCCCUCUCGUGAUAGAUAUCGAUACCUUGGAUGAUGAAACUGGGAUACUUUUACAUGGACAUACAACAGAAUUGUUCCAAACGUAGACUACUUAGCGCGUGAUGUAUCCUUGUCAAGCAUAUUCACCCCCCCUCCCCCCUCUCCCCACCCUUUCCUCCUCCUCCUCCUCCAGUCCCUGUUCUACCUUUGUUCCCUGCCCCUUCCUCUGCCCCCACCCCCUCCCCUCCCCUCCCCCAAUCAUCGGACUAUCUUUGCCGUUUAUUCCCCCCCCUCCCCCCCACAGAUGAUCUAGUUUCCACCACAAUGCCACAUUGGACUCCUAGCCCCCCCCCCCCUUUCAGUCCCUCCCCCUCCCCCUCUCCCUCUUUCUCUGUGUCCGACUCCUUUUUCUUCGUCCUUCUUCCCCUUUACCUUGUUCUGUCCCCCCCCCCCCCACUCCCCCCAAGCCCACUUGGAUCUACUGUAUGUGCCCUGUUUUCCACUCCCCCCUCCCCCUCCCCCUUCCCCUUUCCCAGUUUAGCAACUGCCCAACUCUUCAAAGUUAGGAGUAUUGUCAAUUGAUUGUGUGCAAAAUUAAAAAAAAAAAAUCUCUCUUGAUUUAGAAGUCUUGUUUCACAAAAAAUAAAAAACCUUAAAAAAAAAAAAAAAAAAAAAAAAAAUGUUCUGUCUCAUGCUUUUGGUGUCCAUAUUUUUUGCUAAUUUUAUAAAUAUAUAUAAUAUAAUAAUAUAAUAUAAUAUAUAUAUAUAUUAUGUUGGUGGUAUGUGAGCCUAUAUUUAUGUCGGAGGGCGUGGAGUGAGCUCAAAGUCUUCGCCCUGUCAGUCUGUCGUAGGCCUGGCAAUUUUAUGAGUUUUUAUCUAUUUCUAUUUAUUUUAUCUGUCAAACACACCAGAGAACUGCUUUUGUGACUCUUUGCUUUUGUGGAAGAAAUCUCAAUUAGAAGGAAUUUAUUUUGUACUUUUUUAAUUUAUUAAGUAAUAAGUGCAACCAAGUAGACUGGUGAUAAUUAUUUGUGUAGACGUGAAUGUGUUUUUAAAGACCCACCAAAUUGUGCUAUAACAACUGAGUUAUGGAUCAGUUUUUGCAACCAAAAAAUUUUUUUUUUUUUU